AUGGCGCUUACAGUCUCAAAAGCCCUGCUGAUUCUGUUGUCCCUGGCCGGUUUCUGGACGCUCUGGGGGUUUCCAUAUCAGAAUGGCCUCCUCAAGAUCUUAAGCCAGCAAUCAGAGCCGGGCGCCGUUAUUCCCGGCCCAACCUCAGCUCCCAUGAAGCAGACCUACACCGGCAUUGGCCCGAUCGAUAAACAACUGACGGUCUUGGUCAGCUUCUUCUACACUGCCAUUGACGGUAACCGCGCAGAUGUGUCGCUGUCUUUCCUCUACCUGGGCGGUCAAGUUCUUGCCGCAUGGGUCUUAAUCAUGGUGGAGGGACUCCGAAACGGCAAUCGAGGCAGUUUCCUGCUCACCGCAACAACACUGCUUGGCCUGGGGGUUGCCAUUGUAGGCUAUGCUUGCGUCGCACCGUUGUGGUUUGCUCUGCACCUAUGGACGUCGCCCACCGUGUCCAAACCCAAGGACUAUCAACUUUACGUUGACGUACCAAUCAAAAUCGCCAUUGCACCCAUCAGCAUCCUCGUGGGGUUCGGGCUUCCGUCCCUGCUAAUGUGCCUUCCAGCUCCAACGAUAGUGUCAUUUGAGACGAAGCAAACGUGGACGGGGAUCCAGCAGGGUUGGUCGAUUUGGAUUGGUUUGACACAAUUGAUCCUGACCACUCUGGCCCUGAACGUUGACCAACGGGCCUCCAUUCUGACCGAGAAUGAUAAGCGAUCAAAGAGUGCCAGGUACCUCCGACUUGCAUAUGCAUUCGCAAUCAUGUCAUCGGCGGGUUCUCAUCUGGCGGCGCUGAGCUUGUCUAGCUUGGCUUACCUCUUUCCCGUUCUCUUCAGUUCCACCUAUCUGCCGCAGCUUCAACCUGCUAGGAUCUUUGUUCCUGUUGUGCCCUUUGGACAGCCACAGGUCAAGGUGCUCGCAGACGGUGCGCUGUGGUUCCUUCAGUGGGACAUCGUUGUCGGGGUCUCAGCCUCGCUUCUGUGGGGUUUGACCCUACGAGAUGCAGGUAGAAACGGGAAGGCUACCGUUGGGCAGGCAUUUUUCAGUCUCAUCAAGACCAUUGUAACUGCGGGCUUGCUUGGUCCGUGUGGCGCUGCUGCUGUUGCCGUCUGGACUCGUGAUGAAUUAAUUUUGGGGAGAUCUAAUGCUGGGGAAAAGAAAGACAAGGGGAUCUGA